CUAACAAUUUAUUUUUUAUGUCUUCAUAUUGUUCUAUUGAUUUUUCCCAUUUUUAUAAUUAUAUGAAAUUUUAGGGAGUUGUAUUUUUUUUUUUUUGGGUGAACUUGCAACUUCAAUUUUAGGUUCUAUUGAUCACAAUUAUGACAUUUUAUGAAAUGGGUUGUUGCUAAUUUUGAUGUUUAUUGAUUGUGUAAUUCACAUUAUCUUACUUAAUCAAUUUGUUUCAGUAAUUUGAGUUGGGUUUUUUUUGUGUACUUAUAAAGGUUAAAACUUGUACUGGGUUUUAUUGUUUGUACUUUUCAAAAUGUGAACUGGGUUUUCUAUAAAAAUGGCAUCUAAUUCCCACUAAAUUUUUUUUAUGUUUUUUUUUUCAGUGAAUCACAUUAAUUUGCUUUAGUUUUUUUAAUGUUUAUAUUAGACUGCUCAGAGAAAUUCCUAAAUCAUAAUUUUUGUCAUUGUUAAACCCUGAAAAUUGAGUUUUUUGACAUGGGUUUUUGUUUAUCCCAAAAAAAAAAGUUUGAAAAAAAAAAAUUAGAAAGUGCAAUAAUGCCUUUUUUUUGUGUGGUUUGAGCAAUUGAGCACUUUUUUUCAGUGGGAUUUAUUCUGUACAAUUCUAACCAGUUGUGUUGUUCUUAUUAGAUACUUUUUUGGGUUCUAUUCUUUUGAUAUAUUGGAGAUGAGAAUAUACAGCUCUUUAUCUGAUUUUUACAGUUCUGGUUUUACAAAUAACUUGGGAAGAAAGAAAAGCACAAAACUUCAAAUUCUAUGUUCGAUUUUAUGAAAGUUUAAGGUAAUUUUAGGGUUUUUUUUUAUGUAAACAUGUUCUAAGACUUUGCUUCCUCAUUCAACAGCCUAGAGAACCUUAUGAAUUUGGCAAAAGUCAUUGAAGAAUUGUAUUAUUCUGGUACCCAUUUGGAAUCCAGUAUCGGAAAUCUCUUUGAUUUCGUAGGAAGAAAAAAAGGGUAAAAGAAAAGAGGGAUGGGAUGUAAUACAUCAAAAUUGGAUGAUGAAGAGGCUGUUCAAAUUUGCAAAGAUCGGAAAAAGUUUAUCAAACAAGCUCUUGAGCAUAGAACUAAAUUCGCUUUAGGUCAUAUUGCAUAUAUUCAGUCCUUAAAACGAGUUUCUGCUGCUCUUCGUGAAUAUAUCGAAGAGGAUGAGCCUCGUGAGUUCUUAUUAGAUUCAUUUAUUACACCUGUGAAGAAAUUGAGCCCGAAGUUCAUCACUAUUUCUCCAAAGUGUUUCUCAGCACCGGCUAUUCAAACUGGGGAAAACUCAAAUGUGAAAAUCAACUACUAUAGACCAAGUGGGACAGCAUCAGUUUCAGUUGAAGAGAGACCCCAAUCUCCUGAUACUUAUCGUGUUCAAUCCUUUUCGCCAAUGUAUCAAUAUGGGUUUGAUGGGGAAAACUUGAAUGAGAAAAUCAACUACUAUAGACCAAGUGGGACAGGAUCAGUUUCAGUUGAAGAGAGACCCCAAUCUCCUGAUAGUUAUCGUGUUCAAUCCUAUUCGCCAAUGAACCAAUAUGGAUAUGAUAGUUUCUUCACAAUGCAGCAGUCCCCACAAAGGGAUUCGUCUUAUUACCCGAAUUCAUACUCCCCAUAUAACAGACCUGCUAGACCCCCUCCGUCCCCUCAAAAUUCUUCUCAAUGGGAUUUCUUCUGGAACCCCUUUUCAUCACUGGAUUAUUAUGGAUAUCCAGUGAGAAGUAGCCUUGAGCAAUCAAUAGUUGAUGAUGAUAUAGCAGGAUUAAGGCAGGUUCGCGAAGAAGAAGGGAUACCAGACUUAGAAGAGGAAACCGAACAUGAAGAAGUCGAUGAAAGGAGGCAUAGAAGACAAGAUAUACCUAAGAGUAUACCUAAAAGUGAUUCACAUGUCGUACGAGAGGAAGUAACUGUUGAAGAUGUAGAUGAGGAUGAAGAUGAUGAUGAGGAUGAUGAUGAAACAGAAACUGAAGGAGAAAAUCAACAUGAAGCAAAUGGGUUACAGGAACAUGCCAAUGACAAUAUAGAAUUGUCUCAAGUGCCAAAUCCUGGACAUGUUGAAGUUAAUCGUCAUGAGACAAUGGUCAGUGAAAGAGCAAAGAAGGAAGAACAAGCACCAGGAUUCACUGUUUAUGUGAACAGAAGGCCCACAAGCAUGGAUGAAGUUAUCAAAGAUCUGGAAUCUCAGUUUAUGAUUGUCUGUGGUGCUGCUAAUGAAGUUUCUACGAUGUUAGAAGCUAAUCGACCUCAUUGCUUACCAGCAUCAAGUGAGGUAACAGCUAUGAAAAUGUUGAAUCCAGCAGCACUUUUUCGGUCGGCUUCAUCACGCUCCACAUCGUCAAGAUUUUUGGUGAACUCUUCAGAAAGUUCAAGAGAUGAUGGAUCUGAAAGCAGCAGUUACUUAUCGGAUGAAUCGUGCAUGUCUUCUGGCAGCCAUCACUCAACACUUGACAGAUUAUAUGCUUGGGAGAAGAGAUUGUACGAGGAAGUCAGGUCAGGAGAACGAGUUCGAUUAGCUUACGAGAAGAAGUGUACACAACUGAAGAACCAAGCGGCAAAAGGAGAUGAACCUUCAACUUUAGAAAAAACUAGGACAGCUCUUCGAGAUUUUCAUACUCAAAUAAAGGUUUCAAUACACUCAAUUGAGGCUAUUUCAAAGAGGAUUGAGACUUUAAGGGAUGAAGAGUUGCAACCUCAACUUUUAGAAUUAGUCCAGGGGUUAGCUAGAAUGUGGAAAGUGAUGGCAGAGUGUCACCAAAUGCAAAAGCAUACUUUAGAUGAAGCUAAGCUUCUAUUAGCUGGUACACCUUCGAAGCUUAAUAGAUCAAAACGACAUCAUCCUACACUUUCUGCUACUGACCCACAACGACUAGCUCGCUCGGCCCAUAAUCUAGAGUCCGAGUUGAGAAACUGGAGGGCUUGUUUUGCAUCAUGGAUCGCUUCUCAGCGAUCCUACAUUCAUGCAAUGUCUAGCUGGCUCCUAAGAUGUAUGAGGCGUGAACCCAACGCGUCAGAAUUGCCUCUUUCUCCCCGUCGCUCUGCUGGGGUCCAUCCAAUCUUUGGAAUCUGUAUCCAAUGGACUAGACUUCUCGAUGCAGUCUGCGAGACUGCAGUGCUCGAUGGGCUGGAUUUCUUUUCUGCAGGAAUGGGAUCAAUCUAUGCCCAAGCCCAAAGCCAAACCCAAGCAGCCCAAGCCCAAAACAGUGGUGGAUCUCGAAGAUUUGAGGACUCUGGUGGAAGCAUGGAGGUGGUGGAGAUAGGGAAAGUCGAAGAUGUUAUGACACCGGAGAAAAUGGCAGAAGUUGCCGUCAGAGUUCUGUGUGCAGGAUUGUCAGUUGCUAUGAGCUCAUUGGCAGAUUUUGCUGUUAGUUCAGCUGAUGGAUAUGCUGAACUGGUAAAACAGUGGGAAAAUGUUAAGUGGCCUCCUCCCUAGUUCUAAUGCUCAAGUAAUUUAAACUCUUUUCUCUUCUUUUCUUCAUUUGUUAGGUAGGUUGAAAAAAAAUGGAUUUCAAUGUAAUUACAAAAUUAAUGGAGUAUUAUAGCUUGGUCAUGUAAAGAUCUAAGCCGGGCUUUUGUUGUAGUUGUAGUUUAGGUUAAGAUCAUUAGGAAAAAUGGUGAAAAUCUCUUGUUGUCUGUUUUACUCUUUGUGUCACAAGAGAGAAUUAACUGAGUUCCCAAAGAACACUCUUGAAAAUGGUGUUUGAAUUUUGGGAAAUUUUUGGAAUGAUAAAUAUUUAUUGCACAA